AUGAUUCUGCAGUUGGAAGAAUCUACACCAGGAAGUACGUGCUAUGAGCGCCAGUACACCUACUCCUACUUCUACUCCUACUCCUCCUACUACUACUACUAUUAUACGUACUACGAUUACUGCAGUUUCGGUUGUUGUGGGUACACUACGAACCGCUACUGCUGUUCUUCCUAUGACUCUGACGGGACCAACAACAAAGCUGACUACACUGGACUUAUCGUUGGCUGCACCCUUGGUUCAAUCUUUUUUGUGAGCAUUGUAGUAACCAUCAUUGCAUGUGUUUGCAAGUGCGUCAAUAAAAGCAGUCCACAUCGCGGAAUAGUUGUCGCACCCGCACCUCAGGCAGCUAGAGUGGGUAUAAACAUGCAACAGGUCGGACCGAAUGGACAGUAUAUUCCGCCCCCAGUCUACCAGCCUCCUCCUAUGGAUCAGGCAGGGAACCUAAACAUGGCUCAUGUAUGACCCAAUGAAAACUACGACGGGGAUCACGUGAUAUCAGUUUGCCAGUGGAAAUGCCGAGUAUUAAAUUCAUACAAAUUUGGACAAUAUAACAUUUUAGACGCAAUGUUCAUAUUUGCAAAUUAAACAGGAUAUAGAUAAUCCAAAACAUAUUACACUAACAUGUACUGUAAACGCAAAUAUUUUAGCGUAAUUUUAUUUUACAUUGCAUUCCGCUAAAUGAUGAUUACGAUAAUGGUAGUUUAUCUUCAUUGGUUUCUGUGGCAAUCAUUGUUGGCGCGCUAACUCAACAUUCUGCUAAUCUGUUUUAAUUUGGUUUUGCACUAAAAUAUGAGUGUGUCAAAAUUACGUUUAUAGUAUUUAUUUGUUCAUCAUUCGGUGUACAUAUAUGUGAAUCAGUUGAUACAGUAUCUUGUGAAUAUAUUAUUGUUACAGAUUCCAAUGGUGAUACUGUAUAUAUAUUUGUUAUAAAAGCCAACAUAUUAUUGGUUGAAAUGUAUAUAUUUAUGCCAUGCAUUUUACUGAACAUAAUGCCCAAUUUGAUUUACUGCUCUUUCUUCUUCGAUAUUUCCAUUUUGUAGAUAUACCGCCAAUAAGUAACAGAGCAUCUUCAACACUCAUUGUUUUAUAUAUUUUUAAAGUUAAAGUAGAAAAUAGCAUGUUCAAAAUAGGAAUAUUUUUCCAGUUUGUUCAGCAUACUUGAUUGCUGUCGUGAUAUUCAAUUUCGAAAAGACUAUCUUAUCAAGUAGGAAAAUUGAAUGUUAUGUUUGAAUUAAAUUAAAUUAAAAUAAAUGAUAUAUUUGAACGUUUGUAGCUAAAACAUAGUUUGAUGGUAAAGUAGCAUAACAGACAAAACAUACAGCAAUACAUGGACACUUUGAUUCAGGCAGAUAGCCUAUACUUUCUCAAACCCACUCUCCUUAGUUCAAGGGGCUGUUUAAUGAAUAGGUAAAAGUCUAGUUUAAGCUGUAUAUUACCAGGCGCUGUUUAAUGAAUAAAUAAGAGUCUAGUAUAAGCUGUAUAUUACCAGGCGCUGUUUAAUGAAUAAAUAAGAGUCCAGUUUAAACUGUAGAUUAUCAGGGGCUGUUUAAAGAAUAAAUAGGAGUCUAGUAUAAACUGUAGAUUAACGGGGCUGUUUAAUGAAUAAAUAAUUAAUCAUCAUUCAGAAGAACAUGGACACUUUGAUUCAGGCAGAUAGCCUAUACUUUCUCAAACCCACUCUCCUUAGUUCCAGGGGCUGUUUAAUGAAUAAAUAAGAGUCUAGUAUGAUAAGCUGUAUAUUAUCAGGGGCUGUUUAAUGAAUAAAUAAGAGUCUAGUAUAAGCUGUAUCAGAAGACAUGAUAACUUCAACAAGUGAAAGUUUGCUGUACGAUUCCUCUGCAGGUCUCUAGAAAAUGAGUCGCCCCUCGGUUUUUUUUAUACAGAGCAGUGAAAGAAAGCGUGUUCUUCAUUUUCAACAACUUCGCAAUUUGUGCAUUGUCUUUGAUUCCUUGGUAUAUUUUUAAGCAUCCAACAGCUUAUUCUAGAUUAUGAUCUAAAAGCCGAAGAGACGCAAACAGCCUUCCUAAGUUACUGCUAGCAAUUGUUUUUUUCUGGAGUUUAUCGCUUUUUCAUAUAUCGAAAAAUAUAUAGUUUAUUGCUUUUAUUCAUGUUGUUUACUUGCUUCAAAAUAUACCUUCAAACUGUUGAGUCAUGUCUGUCUUUAUAUAUGUUUUUGUUUAGUGUUUACUAUAGGAGGUAUUGCCCUUGGAGGUUAUUGUCGUGAACAAUGUCAUCUACAAACUAAACCAGGAAUAUUUCGGCAGUAUGUUUCUUUAUUCCCCUCUAUUUGGUAGGAUUGGUGCGAUCACCAUUCAUAUAGGUACCAAGUACGAACUGGUCCACUUUUUAGGACAAUAGUCAUUUUUAAAAUGGCAGUUAUGCUUGGACACAUUUUUUUUUAUCAUAACUAGAAAAGAGUGUGUAAUUAUUUCAUUGCUUAUAUUGCACAUUACCACAUUUGAAGUCCCUGACAGCCAUUUAAAUCUUAUCUAUGUUUUUAGAAUUGUCAGUAGUAUUAUGCAAUAUAACUUUGAGUGCCCUAUAGACGGUCAAAAUUAAUGACAGGAAUUGACAACGAAUACCUAUCGUAGUGUUUACAGAAGAUCAGGUUACUGGUAUCAUUUCCACGUAUGAACAAACGUAGUAGCCCGUAUAACCCUAAAAACCACCGGAAAACGCCGACAAUGGAGUAGUCUUGUGACAAAUUGGUAACACCACUUCUGGUAGGACUGACAGUAGGGCAGAUGUUUGAUGAAAUGGUGGAAUCCGGAAAACAAGGAAACUUUUUCUAGUUCAAGUACCGUUUAUAUUCGGGUGGUAUUGAUUUAGUGAUGUGGUUAUUAUGAUUGGCAGCUGCCGAGUGGUUAAGGUGUCCCGACAAUUUAUCACUAGCCCUCCACCACUGGGUCGCGAGUUGGAAACCCACUUGGGGCAGUUGCCUGGUACUGACCGUA